CUAUCUCUUUAACCCGAAAUUCAUCCUUCGUCAUAAGCUCUCACAAUGAGUUCUUCUGUCUUCCUUGGCUUAACAGCUGCUGCUGCUCUGUUCUUACCAGCUACCAGUUCCGCAAUUGUUGCCCGUCAUGAGUCUGUUACCUUUCGAGGACCUGUCACUAUUGAAGCCAAUGGCAUGAGCAACAUACACCUUACUUACAAUGUUCCGAUUGAUGGAGUACUGUCCCUUCAUUACGGCGCAUGUAAUACUCCUAUUACUGUUCAUAAGGAUUCCCACCAUCAUUUGAUCGGCCGCACGGAAGUUGGAUCACAUCCUUUGGCCAGACGCAACGCUCAGUGGAGGGAUAGCAGGCCAGAAAAAUUCGUCUGGCUUGUCCCAGAGAAAUUACCUGACUCAGGAUGUCUCCAUGCUUAUGCUGGCUCGGAUCUGAUUGGAAGAUCAGAGCCGAUCACAGUCCAGAAGAAAAGCUCUAGGCGCUCUGUCGUGCUUGGGGACAUCGCUGAUGCCGAAGGCCCUUGGUUCGAUGGCGUGCAGUAUCUCAAGUCGAAGGAGCCGGGCAAGGUUUUUGUAGCACAGGCUAAGUCGAAGUCCAUUGGUAUCUUGGGAGGUGGCAUGUCUGGAUUGAUGAGUGCUUAUCUGCUAAACUCUGCGGGCUUUCAUAAUUGGAAAAUCAUUGAGGCCUCUUCACGAGUUGGUGGGAGGGUUCACACUGCCUAUCUCAAUGGUACGAGAUCGGAUCAGUAUCAAUAUCAGGAAAUGGGACCUAUGAGAUUUCCCGUUGAAACCUUCUACCCCGAUACUAAUGAGACUAUUCAAAUUAAUGACCAUAAAAUGGUCUUUCAGCUUGCCGAUGCUUUAAAUAAGAUGAAUAAGAAGCGACCAGAUUACAAAGUUAAUUUCAUUAAGUGGAUCCAAAGCAAUCCCAAUACUCCCGCAACCACGCCAAGGCGACUCCCAGAUGGCCGUGUACCUACAUCAGCUGAUAUUAAAGCCAACCCUUCGUUAGCGGCAACACCGAAUUAUACGAAUGCCACUGCCGUGAAAGAAGCUGCGGCGGCAUAUGAUGCCUGGAUGGGUGUUGACGAAUCUGCUUUAAAGGCCCUGGCUAAGAACGUUUUUGAAGCGCACAAAGCGGCGGUAGAGCACGGGAUCCUCGAUUUCUCCGAGGCUGGCUAUCUCCGCUAUAAACUAGGGAUCGAUCCCAACAUAGCAGAUCAAGUUUCCUCACUCGGAGACAAUUAUGACUCCUGGUAUUACGAUACUGGCUACUUCGGCGCUACCAACUGGCGCACUAUCGACCAAGGUCUUAGCCGUCUCCCACGUGCUUUCGAACCUCUUGUUAUGGAGAAAACUAUGUUCCAAACCGCCGUCCAGGAACUGUCUUACAACAGCGCCACAGACAAAAUAUCCGUCAAAUACCGUCCUGGAAGCCCCUUUAGAACUACUCCAGAGUCCAUAGACUUUGACUACGUUAUCACAGCUGUUCCUUUCUCAAAGGUCCGACUGUGGCGUCUCCCCCAAUACUCUUCACUUCUUAGCCGCGCAAUCAAUACUCUUAACUAUGAGCAAUCGUGCAAGAUUGCUCUUCACUAUAAGACACGCUUCUGGGAACACCUCGAUAAGCCUAUCCUGGGUGGUUGUGGAAGCACUGACAUCCCUGGUGUUGGCAGUAUCUGCUACCCCUCGUACAAACUCAACUCUACCGGGCCUGGCGUUAUGCUUGCCUCCUAUGUCAGCGGCACACUUGCGCGCACAACGGGUUCAAUGAAAGAAAAGGACCACGUAGCGCUAAUUCAACGCGCUAUGAUCGAGGUUCAUGGCGAUAUUGCGCGCGAACAAUGGACUGGGAAAUAUGACAGACAUUGCUGGGAGAAUGACGAGUUUCAGUCUGGCGCCUGGUGCUCACCAGAGGCCGGGCAGCAGGCCCUAUAUUUGCCGGCCUACUUCAGGACUGAGAUGAAGACCGUCUUUGUCGGUGAACAUACUAGUUACACGCAUGCUUGGAUUUGGAGUGCCCUCGAGUCGGCAGUUAGAGGCACCACGCAAUUGUUGCUUGAUAUGGGAUUAGUGGAUGAGGCUAAGGACAUCACUAAGGAGUGGAUGGCGAGAUGGAUGAAGAUGUAAAUACAGUACUUAGUACUACAUAUAUUUUAAGUGACGUUCGCAAUGGCAUAAUAGGC